CCCAGGAAGGGAAGAACCAUUCCUAGCCAGAGAAGGGCCACACUCAAAUAGAGAGGGCCCAUACCCAGUGGGUGAACGGCAUUUCUCGGGUGGCCCACCUCCUGGAGAUGAGAGGGGUCCCCACUUUCAAGGCGGGCUGCCAGAACAACGUCCAUAUUUCCGGGAUAAGGAACAGCCUGUGGGUGGAGGCCCGCGAGAGGGACCCUAUCCGAUAGACGAAGAAACAUAUCGUGGUAAACCAUACGGACAAGGCGGCCAACGUCCGGACGACAGGACUCGGUAUUCGGGCAAGGGCAUCACCGUCAACGACCGGCGGGAUCGGGAGCAACAUCCCGGAGACGAGAGAGGGAGCCACCGUGAGCCUGCAGGGAGACCUGACGAUAGAGCGCGCUAUCCGCCGGAAGGGGAAAGACCACCAUUUUACGGAGGCCCGCCGGGAGACCGCGAUAAUGGAUUCGAAACGAUAUUAGGCGGUCAUAAUCCUGACGAGGAUGGGAAAGAUCCGUUAGAUGGCUACGCGUAUGACGGGCCCCGAAAUAACGUGCAUCAAGGCAGCGUCUAUCCUGGUAGGGACUCCCCCCAGUAUGGCGACAGUUACGACAUAGGCGGCAGUUCCGGACGAGGACGCGAUGGUUACCGUGAAGACCGGCGGGGAGGCAGCGGCUACACUGACCCGUACAAGGGCGGCUCGUCGCGGGGCUACGUAGACUAUACAGGCAACCACGUCGGAAAGGUCACAGGUAUUAACGUAGAGUGCAAACACGGAGACUAUACCAAGUCGAUGCACAUCACGAUUACGUUCGACGGCGUCUUUGACGGAAAGGUCUACGCUAAGGGUUACUACGACAUCCCGCACUGCUCGGCUUACGGCACAGGUGCUGAUUACGUCACGCUCGUGCUACCGCUAGACGGCUGUGGCAUGGAAGAGAUAACGCAUGACUUCGGAGCGUCGUCACGAGGCGAUGACUACCACGGCUACGGAGUCUCCUACUCGACGACCAUCAUCGUCAUGUUCCAGACGUACACGGGCGUGCUCGAGGAAUGGGACAAGGUCUUCUCCGUCAAGUGCGACAACGACAAGCUGCCGGAGAAAGUGCUCAAGUUCGGCCUCGAAGUUCCGGACGUUCACGCGACGGUUGUGCCGACAUACAAAGCGAAGAUCCCGGAUGUUUACCUGUCUGUUGUUGGUGGCAAGGAUAUGUACGGACCGCCGACUACUAGUCUUUAUGUAGGAGAACGCGCUGCUCUGCUCAUCAUAGCUCAUGAUACGUCGUACUACGACAUAAAAGUGGUGAACUGUUAUGCACACGACGGAAAGAAUAGACAUAAGAUUCUACUUAUUGAUAACAACGGGUGUCCGGCUGCGCAAAAGAUUAUCGGAGCUGUACAGAAGGACACAGACCAGCCUGGCUACGGGAAGAGCGCCUACUAUGCAUACUUCAAGGCUUUCAAGUUUCCCGACAACAACAACGUGUACUUCCAAUGUUCAGUGAGAAUUUGUCAUCAGCAAUGUGAUGUGCAUUCAUGUAGAGACAAAUACGGCGGCAGUGGUUACGGCUCUGACCGCCGCAAUGAUGGCUACGGAAAUGAUGUAUACGGAGGAGGAGGCGGUGGUGGGUACGGUGAGGACGACCGCUACGGAUACGGCAGCGAUUCAGGUGGAUACGCCGACAUACUCUACAGGCGCAAGCGGAACGUUGAGGACCUUCACCACGGUCUACCGGAGUUCUGGAACGGUACGGUAUUGUUCGGUAACCAUAGCGACGACUCGGCUGCGAACUUGACGGGAAUAGUGGAGGACGAGAGGGAGGUGUCGCGUGGCAUAACCAUCGUCAUGCCGGGAGAGGAAGAGGCCGAGAUUACCGAACUGAAAGCGCACAACCGCUGGCCGGCGGAGGUGACGGGGGUCUGCGUGGAUCGUGUUGCGCUGUACGGAGCCGCGGCCGGCGCCGGCAGCGUCAUCGUAAUCCUCAUCGUCGCAACCGUCAUCUUCUACUCGCGGCUGAACACGCUCCGUAACAUGCAGCACCGCAAGCAGGCCGAAGACAGGAUACUCGAGAAGAAACAUCGCAGAAUGCAGCGAUAGUAGAUGCACCUGUCCACUUCACAUCGCAUAUACAAGACAGAUGGAUGGAUAGAUGGAUGAAUGGAUGGUCAUAAAUUGGAUGGAUGGAUGGAUUGAUGAAUGGAUAUAUAGUCACGUUUAAGAUAUCAACGGUGGCCACAUUUAGAAUAAUGAUGGUGAACGAACGAAUCAUCCACUACUGCCCCCGGUCAGCAAGAUAAUAAAAGGACCAUGUACAAUUGUAUACGGUCUUUGAUUAUAUAUAUAUAUAUAUAGUGAGAGAGCAAACCUACUACUAUUAUUAUUAUAAGUGUACAGUAUUGCGUAGUGAAUUAAGUCCUUCAUAUGUCCAUAAGUUAUGAUAAUAUAAAAUAAACCUGUUUCCAUAUA